AUGGCGAUUUCCGAAUUUCGACGGGACGAGUCGUUAGGGAAGGCCGGAGCGACGGAUCCAGUGCUGGUGGGCUACCCGACCCUCGCUCCGGUCGAGGAACCGCAUGAGAGCUUUCGCCUCGGAGGGACCGCCGGCUGCAUCGCCUUCCCGAAAAGGGACCCCUAUGCCAAAGCUUUCAUCGACCUCGCUUUAAACUUAAAACUUACCAAG